CUCAAUAAGUCCAUUUCUAAACUAAAACCCAUUUUGCCUUCUGUCUCCCUCUAUAAAUAACAACUGCCGCCCCCUUGAAUUCUCCGCUUCUUCCCUCUAUUUGAAUAAACAUUAACAACGUCCUCCGACGAUCUCUUCUUCUCUUAUCUGGGUGAAGAUGGCAACUGUGACACUUAACUCCCUGUGCAUGGUUAAAGCUGCACCGCAGAAUCGGUUGUCAAGUGCCAUUAUCAAGAGUCCAUCCUCGCUUGGAUCAGUUAAGAGUAUCUCCAAGUCUUUUGGGCUGAGAUUUUCUCCCAAUUUUAAAGCAUCAAUGACAGUAUACAAGAUUAAGCUGGUUGGACCGGAGGGUCAAGAGUCUGAGUUUGAAGCCCCUGAUGACACCUACAUCCUCGAUGCUGCUGAGAAUGCAGGAGUUGAGCUGCCAUAUUCUUGUAGAGCUGGGGCUUGCUCGACCUGUGCGGGGAAAUUGGCGUCAGGUGCAGUUGAUCAGUCCGAUGGUUCCUUCCUUGAUGAUGGUCAAAUGAAGGAGGGUUAUCUGCUGACGUGCGUUUCGUACCCAACUGCUGACUGUGUGAUUCACACCCACAAGGAAGGCGACCUUUACUGAGCGUUCUUUAUGUGAGAAAUGAGGAGUGUUUUUCUUAAAUUUUGUCUAGAAUGAUAAUGGUCAAGUAAUGAGAGAGAGUCUGGUGGGGGCUCUGAUGGACCUUUUGUUGGUUUUUCAGUGUGAUGGUUGUCUUAUGGGAAAUGCAAUCUCAUUUAGUAUGUUUAGUGUUAAUUGUGGUUUGUAUGAUAAUCCUUCUACCAUUAUAGAAAGCGGUAUCAUACCAGGAAGUUGGAAUCCUUAUGUGAAACAUAUCAUUCUUAUUCAA